AUGGGUAGUAAACGCGCCACCGCCACUGCCCAUCGCUCCACGCCACCGUCGUACGCAUACCUGCUCGACAACAGUGAACACAAUGAGGGCCGUCAACCGUGUGGCCACUCCCACCAAGAUGAUGCUUUUCAAAGGAAACACUCCCUGUGGGGUGUAUUCAAGCCAAGACAAGAUCAAUGUGCUACAGUUACAGAGCCGGUACAUAAUACAGUGUGUCGCACACAUGAGAAAGAGAAGGAAGAACAGAAUGCCUCAAACCAGCAAGAUGUGGCGCAAGAAGUCGACUGGAAGUCGCCUGCUAAGAUCAUGCAACAAGCUGCAGCAACUAGAGGUAUUCCAGGGUCCCCCCACAUGGGCUUUCAACCUGAAGCUCUUGAAGAAAGACAACUGGGAGAUGCAUUGCAUCACACUCUGCACAGUGCAGAAGCUACUGCAGUUGCUACCAAUCCUGCUGCCGUAACUGAAGCUGCUGCUCUUGCUACCAAUGCUGCCACCGGACCUGCUGAAGCUACUGAAAAUGGUACCAAUGCUGCUACCAUGCCCGGAAAUCAUGGGCGGAGUGACUCAAUUGUUGGGGUUCCCUCUGGCAGGUUUUUCUAUUUCGUUGCCGGACAAACUCCAAAACUCGAGCAGCUCAUUCAAGAGAUGAAGUGUGAAAAGCUGUUUUCUGGUGAAGCACUAGCAGAUGUGCUGACUUUUGCUAUGGAGUUAGGGAAAUUAGUGGACUUGGCCCGUUAUCAGCUUUUGUUAAAGUACAUCCUAAUGUCCUUAGAGGAUGAAUUCAAUAUAGUUGUUAGCAUACGGAUGGCACAACUUAUUCUGGCCUUCUAUGAUUCCCCUUGUAGUGAUUGGCUAUAA